AAAACUCUUCACUCUCUUCAGAAUUUUGGAAAUUCAAUUUUCUUUUUCUUCCAAGUUGAGUUCCUUUUUGUUCAAGUUUUAUGGUGACAAUUGAAUGAUAACUACUUAAUUCUGUCAUAUUAUAGUUGGUGAAGUUCCCAGGAUCACAAAGGUACUUGGAAUUUGUUUUGAAGUUUUGAUUGUGACAAUUUACUGGUCAAUAAUGUUACUUCUUGGAUUAACUGGCGGUAUUGCUUCGGGUAAAUCAACUGUCUCACGAUAUUUGGUUGAAAAAGGUAUUACCGUUAUCGAUGCUGAUAGAAUUGCAGUCGAAAUUGUUGAACCUGGAAAACCAGCUUGGAAAAAGAUCAAAAAAGCCUUCGGGUCAUCGAUCAUUAAACCUGAUGAAACCAUAAAUCGUGAAAAACUGGGUGACAUUAUAUUCAACGAUCCGGAAAAACGUAAACUUCUCAAUUCAAUUACCCAUCCUUACAUUCAACGGGAAAUGGCCAAACAAGUAGUUUUAGCCUUCUUCAAAUUCAAACGAUAUGUGAUCUUAGAUUUACCUUUACUAUUUGAGGUUGGACAAUUUACCAAAUACUUUUACAAAAUCAUCGUUGUCAAUAUUUCUGAGGAAACACAAUUAACCCGUUUACUUAAACGUGAUAAGCUAGAAAAAGCUCAAGCUCAGGCCAGAAUAUCCGCUCAGAUGCCGUUAAAAACUAAAUGUGAAAAAGCUGAUUAUGUUAUCGACAACGAAGGGUCAGUCAAGUCCACAAUGAAGCAAGUUGAUUCCAUCUUAACGGAACUUAACAAUUCCAAUGUGCAUUUAAAAUACCGAUUUAUUGUAUUUUUCUUAUUUUUAAUUUGAUUGUCUUAUUAUAUGCUAUCAUUUAUCGAACGAUCAAUUCCAUCAGAUGAUAAUUCAAGCAUCAAGCCGAACGCUAAACUAAUGUUCCCCUAAUCACUAUCAAUUACUAUCAUCUAAUUUAUUUUUAAUCAAGAUCAAUGUUCAACCAUUUUCACAAAGGAAAACUUCAGAGUUACAAUUGUAAAAACCCAAUUCUAAUGUAAGAUAAUUCAUCUAUUUCUACAAUCAGUGAAAAAGUUUUACUAAUUGAUUGGAUCUAAAUUUCCUGUUGAUUAACCAACCACUCGGAAGAUGUCUCACCUUUACCUUGAAUGAUGUUCCAAUGGAAAUGAAUCUGAACUAUAAACCAAUGAACUUUCCCCUCCUCAUGAAAUCAUGGAAACAAUUGAAGCUGAUUGCGCAUCAUGUAGGCUGAACUUUCACCAUGGUUCCACCACAAUCAGGAUAGUCUAUAUUACUGAACUAUCUGAAUAUCUAUUGCCACAGAAUCAUCAGAUUUUCAGAUCAGAAAAACUUUUUCUUUUCAUUGAGAAAAACACAAAACUUUCCAAUUUCUUCACACAAAAAAAAACGAAGAAAAAAAUUUAUAAUAAACAAAAAAGUUAUCAUGUACAAGAAGAAAAGUUUUUCAUGGUUAUAAAAGUUGAAUUACCAAUGAAUCUUAUUCCCUGAUUA